AGGGCUCGCCCCUUUGGACCCGACCCGACACGACCUGCGCUCUUCGGCGGCUCGGCUCGCUCCCCCGCAGCCAGUGAAAACCUCCGACGCCGAACCCCUCCGCCGCCGACGCCGCCGCGGCCAAGUAGCGCGAAGGGGACGCGAGCGCGACCUAUUCCUCGGACGCGCUUCAGAUCUCGCACCGCCCGCCGUUGCCAGCUUCUCUUCCAUGGAGGCGAGCUCCUCGUCCUCCGCGGCCGCCGCGCCGCCGCCCCCCUCCAUACCCACCUCCAGCGGCCAGGGCGUAUGGGCUGACGCCUCGCCGCUCCUCGCCGCCGCGUGCCGUGAUCUCCAGGAUGGCGAACUUGUACAUGGGGAGAACUUUAGUCUGUUUGCUGCAAUGUCUGCAUUGGAAAUAAUGGAUCCAAAGAUGGAUUCUGGAAUUGAGAGAAGUGGAUAUAACUCUAUUGAAGAAGCCAUAGAAGAUGGUGUCGCCCCACUCCCGCUUAGCUUGGACAGGACACUUGAUGUUCAGCGCUCUAUUGAUGUCAUGGAUCAUCUUUUCUCAUGUGAGGCAACAUGGCACAAGGGGCAUCCUCUUGCUCAAACUGUAUUUACAUGUCUCUACCUUAUGAGAAUGGAGAGAACUUCAUCGCAUGCUGUACUACAUAGCUUCUGCAGGAUUUUGCGUGCUACUUGUAAUGCUGUCAUUUCUGUGGUUUCCACUGCCCGAACUCAUGAGGAAGAGGAUAUCUUCACUAUGUCUUUUGGGCUGCCUUUGAGAGAUGAAGGGGAUGACAAAUGCCUGUCAAUUCUAAACUCAGUUGAAGAGACAAUAUCUCGUCAAUUACGUGCAUGCAAAGCCCAAGCAUUGUCCAAGAAAAAAACUCUAGAAGAUCUUGAAUCCCUGCAGGAUAAUCCUGACCUGGAAGAGGAUUACUGCAGAGCUCUGUUAUGCAGGUUACGUUUUCGUAAGCAUUUCUACCAUGUUGUUAUGAGCAUGAAAAAACCUCAUGGGAGAGGAUUGGAGUUGGCCCGAAAGCAUGUUGCUUCAUGCUUGAAUGAGCUUAGUUUGAUGCUCAAGUCUCGGGAGUUUCUCAAGUCCCAAUCCAACAUUACAUUACAAGAUGAUGAAAACUGCACCACUGCAUCGGGCUGUCGACCUGUUGGCUUUGAUGUUAGCUUAAACAGCAGACUGUUGAGUCCCACACCGCCACGUGCUGUUAAAGUACUUAGCUGGAGCAAUGCAAUCAGGUACUUUGAGAAGCUUCUGAAUGAUCUUGAUGUCAUUUGUGCUUUGUCACUCGAUCCUGUGCUUGAGAAUGUGCUUCACUAUAUUGUACAGUUCCAAAAAUCUGUGCCAGAUUUGGUUCCUAGAGCAUUUCUCCAGACUUUGUUGGUCCAAGAUGGCAAGCUUUACGGGCAAAACUUGUUUUCUGAUGUGAUUUCAAGGGCUUUAUCAUUACCGGACAUUAUAGGCGAUAAGGAAUUUCAGAUGAAUGAGUUUGUAGUGCAGCUAGGUCAGUUGGUUAUCAACUUGCUUAAAAUUCUUUGUACAAAUACUGCAUGGCAACGCCGCAAGCUUGGGAAGAGUUUGCAGGAUUGGAGUACUAUUUCGAUACAGUUGGAGCUUGCUUUGAAAAGAGAGUUCGGUGAAACCAGAAAUGUCCUGCACCAUGAGAACAUGUGCAUGAGAGUAUCAAAGCAACUUCUUAUUUGGACUCAGGAGCAUGCGUACUGGGUUGCCUCUCGGUUUCUCACGUUGGGUUUCGAACUUGACCUAUAUUCUCCAGGCGAAUACUGUAUGGUGUACUGGUACAUGUAUGUGGUGUUCACAAAGCUAAUAGAAAAGAUGCAGUUACGAGUUCUUGCUAGUAGCGAAACCUCACGAAGAAAAGGGAAAAAGAAGAAGGAUCAUUCAAAGGACUCAGCACGGGAUACAACAUUUUCAUCGUCUUGUUUAUUGCUUCAAUGCUAUGUUUUGCUGUCUGAAGGACUCUCAAUGAUGCUAGCUGUCCUCAGAAAUGAAAGUAGGUCAUUCCAAUUACCAAGUAUCUUUAACACUGAACAAGAGAGAUUCAUGCAGCAUUUUGAUCUUCUUCAGAAAGCUCGAGUCCCUGAGCACAUUUCCUACUACAGUUUUAAGGAAUCUUCUUCCCAGGCAGGCAUAAUGGAUUUGGUGAAAUACAACUUCUUCAAGGAAACUCGGAAGAUCAUCCCCUCCCUAAGGGGUAGCUUUGCAAGUGAACCAGAAAAGCUUGCGGAGCUCCGGCGGAUAGAGCAGGUGGCUGAGCACAACAGGAUAGCCCUAAACAUUAUCAGCCAAGUUGGGCCAGGCGAUCCAUCUCUGAGGGUCUCGUUUGAGUUUACACACCACCCUCACUUUGCAGUGGCAGUUGUGAAGAGGUCAUGAUUCAAGUUUGGCAUAGACAAUUUGUUACCCCCUCUCCAUAUUGAUAGUGAUAGGUAAAAAUUCGCUCCCCAACAUUCCUCAUGUUGCUAGCAUGUAUGUGUUCAUUAGUUCUUCAGAGCGCAACAAUACAUGCUUUAGGCUGUACACCAUGCAACAAUUUUGUAGACGAGAUAAGAAAAAUCAGGUGCCGGGAAAAAGCCCUCGCCCCUGGCCUUACUCUAUAAGCAAGUUUUGAUAAAUUCGGGUGACUAUACAGAUUCUGUGUAAUUCGAGUGAUAAUUUGUCUCUGGUACAUUUAGUUCAACGGAAGUUUUUACUUGUGCAGUGAUUA